AUGCCUGUCACCGCAAAAGACAUACACGUUGUAGUCUUGCAGAGGACUCACUCACUGUCCAGCCCCUUCUCACUCACUGCGGGGAAGAAUAAUAUGAAGAAACUCACUUCGCGAAGACGCGACUCACUGCCCAGCUCCUUCUCACUCACUGCGGGGAAGAAUAAUGAAGAAACUCACUUCGCGACGAGACUCACUCACUGCCCAGCCCCUUCUCACUCACUACGGGAAAGAAUAAUGAAGAAACGGAGUUACCUGGAUGAGUGGGUCUGGUGCUCGCUGCUUGGAAACUCUGCGUAUCAAAACGUAUCCGUAUCGGAUACGUAUCCGAUACGGAUUCCGUGCUUCCGAGGCUACUACCCUUGUCCCAGUCUUUUCCAUUACUUUUGUCCAGCUUUAAUCUCCUCUUACAACCACCAUGCAUGGAGAUUGAAGCAACUCACUACAAAGAAUUAUAGCCUCUCAGUUUUGAGCAAUGACAGCGGUAGCUAUGAGGUUGGAGGAGGCUAUCCAGAUCUGGAACAAAAUCAAAAUGGUAGGAAUGAAAAGUCGAGCUCAGAUACAUCUUCUCAGCGUGAAGCCCUUCUCAAAGGAGGAGACCAAGUCAUCUCUGUUCUCCAGGAAAUGAUUACCCUUUUGGAAGAUAUGAAUAUGGAUGAAGAAUCUGAAAAAGUGGCGGUAGAGUUGGCUGCGCAAGGAGUUAUUGGAAAGAGAGUUGAUGAGAUGGAGUCUGAUUUCAUGAUGGCUCUUGACUACAUGAUCCAGCUUGCUGAGAAGGACCAGGAUGAUAAGCAGAAGUCACUGUUGGAAGUUAUCAAAGAGACAGUAUUAUCACAUCUAACAAAAAAAUGUCCACCCCAUGUUCAAGUAAUUGGUCUUCUUUGUAGAACACCAAAAAAGGAAAGUAGGCAAGAAUUAUUGCGCCGGGUUGCAGCUGGUGGUGGUGUAUUUAAAGGUGAAAAUGAGUUGAAGGUUCAUAUCCCAGGGGCAAAUCUAAAUGACAUCGCUAACCAAGCUGAUGAUUUGUUGGAGGUAUAUAUAGAAACUUUAAGCAUUAAAUAAAUUUUCGUGACUUUUAGUACUCAUACUUGUCUGUUCCGUAUUUAAUUUUCUGUAUAUUGAAUGAUAAGAGUAAAGUGGCUCUUAAAUCCCUUGAGAUUGGUAUAAAUUACAUUCUCCUCUUUUAAAAUGCAAUUGCAUGAUUUACAAAAUCCCCUGUACCAUCUUUGUGUUUUGCAUUUCAUUUUACACCUGCAAAUUGUACAAAUCAAAUUACUGAUAUAUUAGUUAUUUUUUGAUAUUGUACUAAUGUGUCUUGUACCUUACAGCUUGGUUUUUGACAAAGUAUGCAGAUUCCCUUACAUUUAUAGAGUAGUUGACUUUGUUCUAGUUUUAGAAGAUUCUCAAUUUUAUGGGGCUAUAGUGAUAUAUAUCCUUAUAUUUUAGAAGAUUUUCAAUCUUCUAAAAUUCUGUUCAAAUUUUAAGAUUCUUAACUUU